AUGAAAUUCAUAGUCGUUGUAUUAUCAUCAACCCUGCUUGGUUGCUCAGUUACUAUUGCUACUCCAGUUCUUCCUACUGCAACUACAAGUGCCAAACCUAGCACUUUAACAGCUUAUUAUCAACCAGAUAUGUAUGUAAAGAUUCGCAGUGCAGGACAUGAAUAUAAAUAUAAUUUAAAGAAAAUUACAAGUGAGGAUAAACGUUUGAUCAGAAACUAUCUUACUGAAAUGACGAAUCAUGAUCCAAGCAUAUUUACAGAAUGCAAAUCUGCAAAAGAUGCGGUUACUGCUCAAAAACGACUUAUGGUUGAUCUAAAUACAGGAUAUGAGCGGUUUAAACAUAAACACGAGCAGGAUCCCCAGAAUUCGAAUCAUAUACUUCAACUCAAGAGCUUUAAACUUGAGAUUCGAAUCCAAUCUUCCAAACUUGCUGAGCUUCAAAAUAACAUGCAAUCCCUCGAGUUCAAGCGUGAUAGCUCGUUGUCGAAACUGCAACAUCAAAGAGAAAGAGUCUUAUUACUCCUAUUCAAAAAGUUUACAGACGCUUUAUCAAUUACUUUGUAUGCACUCAUUGAAUCAGGAUACGCUCAUACAAUACUCGACCGCCAAUCAUACGAGGCAAUAUUGAACCGAUCAGUGGAAUCUGGAGGUGCCUCUAGUAGUAGGACCCAAAGUUCAUCACAACAAGCAAUUCAAAGUGUGUCUCCAUCACAUACAAGUGCCAAACCUAGCACCUCAGCAGCCUCUUAUCAACCAGAUAUAUAUGCAAACGUUUACAGUGUAGGACAUGAAUAUAAAUUUGUUUUAAGCGGAAUUCCAGAUGAGGAGAAACGUUUGAUCAGAAACUAUUUUAGUGGAAUGGAUCAUCAUUCCACUAAAAUACUGCCAGAAUGCAAAUCUGCAAAAGAUGCUGUUACUGCUCAAAAACAACUUAUAGUUGAGCUAAAUACACGAUGUCAGCAGUCUAGACAUAAACACGAGCAGAAUCCCUAUGACUUCAAGCAUAUACAUCAACUUGAGAACCUUGAACUUGAGAUUCAAAUCCAAUCUUCCAAACUUGUUGAGCUUCAAAAUAGCAUGCAAGCCCUCGAGUUCAAGCGUGAUGACUCGUCGUCGAAACUGAAACAUCAAAAAGAAAGAGUCUUAUUACUCCUAUUCACAAAGUUUAUAAAUGCUUUAGCAAUUACUUUGCAUGUACUCACUGAAUCAGGAUACGCUCAUACAAUACUCAAUCGCGAAUCAUACGAGGCAAUAUUGAACCGAUCAGUGGAAUCUGGAGGUGCCUCUAGUAGUAGGACCCAAAGUUCAUCACAACAAGCAAUUCAAAGUGUGCUUCCAUCACAUACAAGUGCAGUGGAUAGUUCUGAGCAAUAUGGAGCGAGUUCAGAAAACCCUGAUGAUUUGCCUCCAUCAUAUGAUGAAGUAAUGCGGAAUCCUCAAAAGUUUCCAGGUCCUAAAAGAUCCUAA